AUUGCCCACAAUGCAUCACGACAGGACGCGCGUCCAAGGUCCAAACAGUGAAAGUAGAAUUGCGUAAAGACUUUUUUUUUUAUGUCUAAUUCGUGUUCAAGUCACAUUUAAUCGCCGAGAGCUGGCCUUUCUCUGGCUGACGUGCCUUCUUCAGCAGUAUGGCAGAGCCAAGUGGACAGGGAGAGCUGCUGCCAGAAGACGUCGGUACAGACGACUGCCUGACAUCGUACACACACAUCUAUAGUCCAUAUUUACUAAAGGAUCAUGUUGCGUUCAUCACAGGUGGAGGAUCUGGAAUUGGACUCCGCAUAGCAGAAAUAUUCAUGAGACAUGGCUGUGACACUGUGAUUGCCAGCAGGAACUUAGACAAGCUCAAGGAGGCAGCUAGAAAGCUGACUGCAGCGACGGGGCGCCGCUGUCUUCCCUUGUGUCUGGAUGUGAGGCAGCCUGAAAGCAUCGCUGCUGCUGUGGAUGAAACCCUGAAAGAGUUUGGCCAUAUUCACAUACUUAUUAACAAUGCUGCUGGGAAUUUCCUCUGCCCUGCUGUUUCACUUUCCUUCAAUGCCUUCAGGACAGUCAUGGAGAUUGACACAAUGGGUACAUUCAACACCAGCAAGGUGGUUUAUGAGAAGUGGUUCAAGGAUCAUGGUGGCAACAUUGUGAAUAUCUCUGCAACACUUGGUUAUAAGGGGCAGGCCCUCCAGGUGCAUGCUGGUUCUGCCAAGGCUGCAAAUGAUGCUAUGACCAAGCACCUUGCAGUAGAGUGGGGGCCCAAUGGGGUGAGGGUCAAUGCUGUUGCACCAGGUCCUAUUUCUGGCACAGAGGGCUUCCGCAGAUUGGGUGGCUCAAGAGCAGAGACCGCUGGUGCUUUCCAUCAAAUUCCUUUGCAGCGAGCUGGCAACAAGACUGAGAUGGCCCACUGCACGCUCUUCUUAGCGAGUCGGGCCUCUUCCUAUGUGACUGGAGCCAUCCUCGUGGCAGAUGGUGGUUCGUGGUUGACCUCCGCCAACGAUGUCUCCAUGCUGUUGGGUAUAGCCUCCUCUAAAUCUGCUAAACUCUGAACAGGGGACUCCCCCUUGUCCUCCUCCUGACCCAGGUUUAUGGUCUUCUGAAAAGAAAAGCGAAAAAUAAACAUUGCAAAGGAAGGAGCAAUGCCUCAUUGCCACCUGUGGUUUCUGUCUUAAAGGUUUGACACUACCAGGCUGCAGGACUUGAAAAGUAAUAUAUAUCUUAGCAGUAACAAUUACAAUAACAGUAGCAUUUUUUGCAGUCACUGAAAUUAUGCAUAUUCUGCCCUUAGCGUGCUGGUUAUGGACAUGCACAGUCACUUUUUCAUGUUACCAUAGUGAUUUUUAUUACAUUCUCAUUAAUAAAACUUAGGACUUAAUA